UUCAAAGGGCCUUAUUUAGGUUGCGCAGGCGCCCGCUGGCCAUUUCUUCUCAGCCACGCCGAAGUCGUGUGUUCAGUCUGUUUGGACGCCAGGACCCACUAAGAGACAAUGAUGUUGGGCACCGAAGGCGGAGAGGGAUUCGUGGUGAAGGUCCGGGGCUUGCCUUGGUCUUGCUCAGCAGACGAAGUGCAGCGUUUUUUUUUCUGACUGCAAAAUUCAAAAUGGGGCUCAAGGUAUUCGUUUCAUCUACACCAGAGAAGGCAGACCGAGUGGCGAGGCUUUUGUUGAACUUGAAUCAGAAGAUGAAGUCAAAUUGGCCCUGAAAAAAGACAGAGAAACUAUGGGACACAGAUAUGUUGAAGUAUUCAAGUCAAACAACGUUGAAAUGGAUUGGGUGUUGAAGCAUACUGGUCCAAAUAGUCCUGACACGGCCAAUGAUGGCUUUGUACGGCUUAGAGGACUCCCCUUUGGAUGUAGCAAGGAAGAAAUUGUUCAGUUCUUCUCAGGGUUGGAAAUCGUGCCAAAUGGGAUAACAUUGCCGGUGGACUUCCAGGGGAGGAGUACGGGGGAGGCCUUCGUGCAGUUUGCUUCACAGGAAAUAGCUGAAAAGGCUCUAAAGAAACACAAGGAAAGAAUAGGGCACAGGUAUAUCGAAAUCUUUAAGAGCAGUCGAGCUGAAGUUAGAACUCACUAUGAUCCACCACGAAAGCUUAUGGCCAUGCAGCGGCCAGGUCCCUAUGACAGACCUGGAGCUGGCAGAGGGUAUAACAGCAUUGGCAGGGGAGCUGGCUUUGAACGGAUGAGACGUGGUGCUUAUGGAGGAGGUUAUGGAGGCUAUGAUGAUUAUAAUGGAUAUAAUGAUGGCUAUGGAUUUGGGUCAGAUAGAUUUGGAAGAGACCUCAAUUAUUGUUUUUCAGGAAUGUCUGAUCACAGAUAUGGGGAUGGUGGCUCUACUUUCCAGAGCACAACAGGACAUUGUGUACACAUGCGGGGAUUACCUUACAGAGCUACUGAGAACGACAUUUAUAAUUUCUUUUCACCGCUGAACCCUGUGAGAGUACACAUUGAAAUUGGUCCUGAUGGCAGAGUAACCGGUGAAGCAGACGUCGAGUUUGCAACUCACGAAGAUGCUGUGGCAGCUAUGUCAAAAGACAAAGCAAAUAUGCAACACAGAUAUGUAGAACUCUUCUUGAAUUCUACAGCAGGAGCAAGCGGUGGUGCUUACGAACACAGAUAUGUAGAACUCUUCUUGAAUUCUACAGCAGGAGCAAGCGGUGGUGCUUAUGGUAGCCAAAUGAUGGGAGGCAUGGGCUUGUCAAACCAGUCCAGUUAUGGUGGCCCAGCCAGUCAGCAGCUGAGUGGUGGUUAUGGAGGCGGCUAUGGCGGCCAGAGCAGCAUGAGUGGAUAUGACCAAGUUUUACAGGAAAACUCCAGUGAUUUUCAAUCAAACAUUGCAUAGGCAGCCAAGGAGCAGUGAACAGCAGCUACUACAGUAGUGGAAGCCGUGCAUCUAUGGGAGUGAACGGAAUGGGAGGGAUGUCUAGCAUGUCCAGUAUGAGUGGUGGAUGGGGAAUGUAAUUGAUCCUGAUCACAGACUCUUGGUCAACAUUUUUUAAAGAAAAAAGUUUAACAGUUUUGCAAUACAAGCUUGUGAUUUAUGCUUACUCUAAGUGGAAAUCAGGAUUGUUUUAAAGACUUAAGGUUCAGUAUUUUUGAACACAAACUUUCAUCUAGGAUGUAACAACCGAGUAAACUAUAACUGUUAAACAAUUUUCAGCUUUUCUCUAGUUAUAUAGUAGGAUGUACUUAAGCAGUAAGUGUAUUUAGGUUAAAGCAGUUGAAUUAUGUUAAAUGUUGCUCUUAUACCACAUUACAUUGAACACUGUUUGGAUGCAUGUUGAAAGACAUGCCUUUUUUUUGUAAAACUCAAUAUAGGAGCUGUGUCUACAAUUAAAAGUGAAAACAUUUGGCAUGUUUGUUAAUUCUAGUUUCAUUUAAUAACCUCUAAGGCACGUAAGUUUAAGUUUUUUGUUUUUUUUUUUUUUUUUUUUUUUUAAGUUAAUGGGGGAAAUUUGAGACGCAAUACCAAUACUUUAGGAUUUUGGUCUUGGUGUUUGUAUGAAAUUCUGAGGCCUUGAUUUAAAUCUUUCAUUGUAUUGUGAUUUCCUUUUAGGUGUAUUGCGCUAAGUGAAACUUGUCAAAUAAAUCUUCCUUUUAAAAACUGCA